ACAGAAAAGAUUUUGAAGCAAUGCAAGAGUAUGAACAACGAAUUUUAAUGGAAAGAUUCGCCAGACAAAUAGAACAAUGCGAAAAAAACCUAGAUAAAAUACAUGACAUAGAAGACGAAAAGGAACGAAUGUUCCAAGAACAACAUGAGUCAGAAGACAAGGCUUAG